UAUGCAUCAUAUUGUACCCCCUCCACCGAUGUAAUAUUUGCGUCUAACUAUUUGUCUCCAAAACCUAGUUUUCUUGUAGUGAGAGAAUCCUGUGUUCGCCUCCAAGAACACAGACUAAUGGGUGCUAGUUGCUUCUUGUUAGAAACUUAACAGAAAAAUUCGGGUUAUUCACAGGUGGUGGAGGGAGAGGGUUAGAGGGUGGGUACCGGGACCCACUCUAGUUCGAGAAAAUGGUAAAUUAGGUAUAAAAAAUAGCAUGUAUUUAAAUGAGAAUGAAUGACCUUUCAAAUAAUUGAUGUAUGAUUAAUAAGUUGUGUAUUGUCUUAUUCAAUGUUUUUAUAAUGAGCUAUGUACAAAUGACAAAGGUGCAUCUGAUUCAUUCAAAAUUAAAGAUGUACUUAUUCAAUAUCGACAAAGAAUUUCAGCCAAAUUACAGCUAAUGUGUAAAAUUAAAUUUAUUUCAAUCAGGGUUAGGGAGAGUGUAAUGGGUGGCUCCUAAGGACAAAAAUGAGUAAAUUGGUAUAAUAGUUAAUUGAUAAUAAAAUUUAUGACACUUCUAAUUGAGAAUGGUUGACUGAAAGAUCAUGUUUUCGAAUCUUGGCGACCCAGUUACUAACCACAUGAUAUUCGAAUUUGAGAAAACUUUAAGCACAUAUAAGUUGGUUUUCAUUAGCGGAGAAGUGUUAGUAAAUGCUAAAUAGUAUAAGGUCCAUUAAUAAAAUUUCCCCAACAACUCGAGUUAUUGAUACUAAAUGGUGUUGACAAAGAACAUCAUUCAAAUCCAGAUGUCUAACUAAAUCAUGAAUAAUUGUUUGAUACAUGAUAACUCGGUAUUUGCAUAUGUUUUAGUCCAUCAUUCUUCCAUUGUUUGAGACUUGAUUCUCGCGUUUUAAGACAAUUUCACGCUAGUUUGUUCUUGCAUUAUGUAUUUCUGGUCUUGGAUCAGCUAUGCAGGCUUAUGAGCGAGUUACGGCUCAAAAGCACCAAGUGGACGAAAGAAGGAGUUCGAGGACCAAAAUCCCCGGUCAGCCAUCAAAUACCCGACCAUGCAAAUGCCAUUAGAGACUGGGAAAAUCGUCCAGGGAUUUUCCCCUGGUCUAGACCCCUUAAUCCCCGAUCGGAGAAUCGCACCCGAGAUCAGGUUUUGCUGGCUCGACAACUUACCGCUGAUCGGCAUUUUGGGAAAACCCGGUCUGUCCUUCAAAUACCCGACCAGGUAAUCAGGCCUAGGGUUCCGUACUCGGGCUUUUUAGAGCCAAACACGAGUUUUGACAAGGCAUUCGAGUUCUGGAGCAGAAAACAAAGGUUUGGAGAGAGAAAGUGACAAGCAAAGUCCAUUGGAGUGCCCUAGAUCAAGUUUUUCAAUCAUUGAAGCUCGAUUCAAGCCUUGAGGAGUGACGAUUGACGACCCGGAGUAGAUUUCUUCCGUUUACACGAUGAUUUCUACAUCCGACAUGGCUUUCCUCUCUCUCUCUCUCUCUCUCUCUCUCUCUCUCUCAGGAGUAAUCCCCCUCUACCACUUGGGUAUGAAGAACCCUAGUUUUGCAUGUUAGGAGCAGUUGUAUGAACCCUUUUCAGUACAUUGAUGAUUAUAUAUCCAAUUGCAGUGGUUUAUUCCGAAAUCUAUGAGUCUUGAUCACACUUGUAUGUUUCCACCUUUGACCUAGAACGAUAUCUGAAUAAGUCAAUAGUGCAUGCAUCUUGCAUUGGAAGUGAUGAAUUGAUUGUGCAAGAGUCAAUCGAUUCAUUGCUCUGUGCCGGAAUUCAUUCCAGUAGAGGAGAUCUGUCCUUAAUCCUUAUUGCCUCAACACUUUAUCUCGGUGAUGAUUAGUAGCCUGUCGGGUAACGUGUCUUAGACAACGUAGUCAGUUUAAGAGAUUCCAAACUAGGUCCAGAUCUUUCGCAAUAUAAAUCUGAAUUGAGCUCCAAAGUAGGCUUCACAAAACAGUUUUCUGCCUUAGCCAUUUUCUGGCAGUUUUCCAGUUUUGAGGUAGCAACUUUGAGGCCUUGGAAAACAACCUUAAUGACAUCAUCUGGCUCCACAAAUCAUAUCAUUGGAAACAUGGAAACUUUAUCUACAAAACAAACCCUUAACCUUGAAUUUCCACCAAGCCAAUUGAGAGAACCAUGCCUCCGAAUUAUGUACCCUGAACACAGAUUUUGACUUAGCCAAAUUCUGCUCUUCUUCUUCCCAACUUCGAUAGCUUCUUCGUCAAGUAAAUUAAACAUGUAUAAUGGACCAUUUGGGAUCAUAUCAAACCUUUACAGCUUUCUGUUUAAUUUUCUUUGAACACUUCACUAAACUUUUCCCGCUAGAUAAUAGAACUUCACGGAGUAGGCAGUGCAUCUAGGCCCCAUGUUGACAUUUAUUAUUUGAUCCCACUAUACUGCAUUUCCAUUAUGCGAUUACACUUGGUCGCAGUUUGGUGUUGUGUCGUAGAGAGUUAAUACAUAUAAAGUGAUAUUCUUGAUAGUUUCGAUACAUAUUUAAUUUACCAAGGUUGGGUAAAUACAAAAUUUUAUCAUGAAGGAUUUAAAAAACUCUCAAAAUAUUUUAUCGUAUCUUUUUCUAAAUGGACCCACCCUCGAUAAAAUCUUGGCUACCCCUGGUUAUCCAUGUUGCUGAGUCGUCUUGAUCUUAUGGCUCCAUACAGAUCACUGACAUUCAAAAUUCUAUAUCAUUGUUUUUUUUUUCUCAUAUUAUUGGCAUCAUGAGUCUUUUGAUCAAAGAUCAACAUAUCAUUCAUAAUGCAAGUAUCGUUCUCAAAUUUGUACUAAAUGCACUUGCCACUUUCAUUUUAAAUCAUGAGAGAGAACCAUAUUAAUCAUGUCACGGUUUUUAGAGUUUGUUUCAAAUCAUAUCAUGAUUUGUCUAACCAUAGAAGUUAAAAGCAUGGUCAGGAACAUAUAACAACCCUUUGGUUGUCCCAUAUAGAUUUCUUUAUCUCAACCACCAAUUACAAAAGUACUUUUAACAUCCAUAUGAUGCAGAACAAAAGUAAUCAGAUCAC